CAUCUUUUAGAUAUUGUUCUUAUUCUUAAAAGAAAAGAAGCACGUUUCGCAGGAAAAUUUUUUUUUUUUUUUUUAAAAAAAACGUGCUUCUGAUCUCAAUUUUGGAGUUGGCAUGUUGACUUUGACACCGUCUCCGUUCGCGUCGAGUCGAGACAACAGACCGUUAGACGUGGCAUCAACCGCUUCUUAUCCGCCACGUGGUCCCAAACUGCUAUAACAACCCCCCCAAUAAAACAUCAUAUUCUCCCUCUCUCUAUUUCGCAACAAUGCCGUUUUGCUACGUCGGAACGCAGCCAUCUUCCCCCGUCGCCGAUGCGCCCCUCAAUAAUGACAUCAAGAUAUUCUACAGAACUUACGGUGGCGGUCCAACGAAAGUGCUUCUCAUCAUAGGAUUGGCCGCGACACACGAAGCGUGGGGCCCACAAAUCAAAGGCUUGACGGGAACCACCGUCUCCAACGACGACGACGACGACGACGUCCGCGUCGUUUGGAGCGGAGAAGAAGUAAAUGGUGGCAUCCAUGUAUGCGCGUUUGACAAUCGCGGCGUGGGUCGCAGCUCCGUGGCCGUCUCAAAAUCUGAAUACUCAACCAAGAUCAUGGCAAAGGAUGCAAUUGCUUUGUUAGAUCAUCUAGGUUGGAAAAAAGCCCAUGUUUUUGGGCACUCGAUGGGAGCUAUGAUAGCUUGUAAAGUAGCAGCAAUGGUUCCUGAUAGAGUCCUUUCCUUGGCAUUGCUCAAUGUGACGGGUGGAGGUUUUCAAUGUUUUCCAAAGUUGGACCAAAAAACAAUCUCCGUUGCUUACCGUUUCUUGAAAGCGAAGACACCUGAACAAAGGGCUGCUGUUGACUUGGACACCCAUUACUCUCAAGAAUAUCUUGAAGAAUAUGUUGGAACAGAUAAGAGGAGAGCCAUCUUAUAUCAGCAAUAUGUUAAAGGUAUAUCAACAACUGGGAUGCAAUCUAACUAUGGUUUCGAUGGUCAACUCAAUGCAUGUUGGACACAUAAAAUGACUGAAACAGAGAUUGAGGUGAUCAAAUCUGCAGGUUUUCUUGUUUCAGUCAUCCAUGGCAGGCAUGAUAUAAUUGCUCAGAUAUAUUAUGCAAAAAGACUUGCUGAAAGGCUUCAUCCAGUGGCUAGAAUGGUAGAUCUUCACGGAGGUCAUUUAGUAAGUCAUGAGCGGCCUGAAGAGGUUAAUCAAGCACUAUUUGACUUGAUCAAGGCAUCAGAAGUGAAUAUGAGCCCACAUGAUUGGACUAAUUUGCCAAAGAAAGAGUCUUCUUGGUGGGUUGCCAAUGUGUGGUAAUAAUGUCUAAGCUCCAAAGCAGAGACAGACCCACGUUGGUGGGUUAGGGCAGUGUCCCCUCUCAAAUUUACUACUACCAUACAUGAUUUUCCAUUUUUGACCCGAGCCUAAGAAGGUUUGCCCCAAAACAAGGUUCCCUGGGUAAAUUCUAAUUUAUACUAACCACAGCCAAUUCCUCUCUUUUGGAGUUCACCCUACUCCUCCCUUCUCAGUAGCAACUAGCAAAACCCAAUUUCAUUCAAAAGUGUUAACUGAUAAUUGGUUCCAUACAUGGUUUGAUUACUUAUCUAUCACCCAACAGCCUCAAGUCUUCACAAAGCACAGGGACAUGUUUCAUCAGUGCAUAAUCAGUCCUAGAUGGAUUUACUGGUGAAUUCCUAAGAGAUGAACUAGCUCUGAUACACAGCGAAACAAAAAUGAUGGUCAAAUUAACAUUGCUUUCCCUGAAAAAACUGCAAGAGAUAUCACUACUCGAAAAUACCAAAAAAGUUACAGGGCAGGUUGACAAAAAGGUUUUCCCCACUAAGCCACUACCCAACAUAUCCAGGUCUGUCACUGGCUCCCAAUGAGGAAACGCAUGGUCUGCUAUCAUAUGCUUCCUUUUUUGAAAUAUAAUACAUCUAUUAAUUGUAACUGCAUUGCAGGCCAAUGAUUAAGUAAGUGUAUAUUAGAAGGGGUUGGAAUGGGCUGCAGUUGGUUGGACCCAGUUAGGAGUUUUCUGUUAUAGGCUGUAAUCACUAACUACCUAUAUGAGGGGACUUUGAAGAAUUAGAAAAUUGUGGGGAGUGGACCCCAGACCUCUCAAACCUUUGGAGCAAUGUAUCAUUUUCAUAGGGAGAUUUUCCCUGUUAUGCAUUCAAUAAAAUUUCAAUUUCCUCACU